ACUCACCUGCUGACUAGCGUCACGUUCCGGCACUGUGUUUACAGCUGUGUGUUUAGCAAAAAUGUAUUGUUGGCUUAACAUGGUGCACCUGAUAUGUGCACUUCUCCUAAUAGUGUCUCUUCAAGGAACCGUCGGAGCCAGACUUCCACAGUCCCAAAAUGACAAAGAGCAAAUGCUGAAGAACUUAAGAGAAAAAAUCGAACCUCUGCAAAAGCAUUAUCAUACAACUGACAAAGAAUGGUUUGGAAAAUCUGUUUUGCUUUCCCAUCUGCACCAGCUGAAUUCCAAGGCCUCCUGCACUUGUCAGUCGCUGCUGCUUGAUAGAAUGUUGAACAUCACUGAAACAAUUUUGCAAGACCUGAGAGGGAAAGCUGAGAAUGAAGAAACGAAAACCAGGCUAACAGAUGUAAUGACUGAGGUGAAAAUACUGAGACACAAGUACAGUGAAGAACAGAAAGUAUGGAGGGAGCUUCAGGACAUUCACUCAGUCGAGGUGAAAAAUGGCACAAACCAGAAAGGAGCACUAAAUUCCUUUCUCAUUUUGUAUGAUCUGGCCUACUGAGGAAAACCGAGAGAGACAAUCACCAAGAAUCAUCUUAAUUUCUCUUGCUGUAUAGACAGUUAUUUAAAUUAGUAUUAUUUAUUAUUCCACUGGACUGUUAAACAAAUAAAAUUACAAAUUUUGCAUUAA